UUAUCGGCAAUCGUAUUGGAUAAAUAAAUUUGCUUGUCAACACCGCCGCAUAGAAAUAUAAUUCCGCCGGUGACCACGCGGCAUACGAUUUGAGUGAGCACUGUGAAUGCUUUGGGGCCCACAAAGCAGUCGAUGCUUCACACUUUGCCUAUCAUCAGCACUGCCGGCAGCAUCAACAACGAAAUUUGCAAUAAAUUUCCAGUGUCAUUAUUUUUUGCAACAUUCACGUUCGAUCGGACAAAGCGCUCGUUACAACGCAAAGCGACGACACACAAGCCACAAACUAAUUCUACCACCAACCAUCAACAACAACAACAACAUAAAGAAGACCGCAAUGUCCGAACAAGUGAAAUAUUUGGAUACGCCUGAUAAGUCAGAGACGGAUAAAAAAAUUUACAAGUCUUUGCUGCUUUCCAAUGGCUUGCACGCUUUGAUCGUCUCGGACCCAAGUCCGAUGCCACACGACGGAUUCACCAGCUCGGAGUCCUCGGUGGGCGGCGAAACAGAAGAAACAUCCGCGGAAACGGAGACCAGCGACAGCUCCAGUGAGAGCACAUCGUCCAGCUCGGGCAGCGGCAACAGCGAAUCCGAUUCGGACAGCGAGGUGGGCGAUGAGAAGUUGGCCGCGUGUGCCAUCAUGAUUGACUAUGGCUCCUUUGCUGAGCCACGACAAUACCAGGGACUGGCACAUUUCCUUGAGCACAUGAUCUUCAUGGGCUCGGAGAAGUAUCCCGAGGAGAAUAUCUUUGAUGCGCACAUCAAGAAGUGCGGUGGCUUCGACAACGCGAUGACUGACUGCGAGGAUACGCUUUUCUAUUUCGAGGUGGCCGAAAAGCACUUGGAUUCCAGCUUGGAUUACUUUACUGCACUCAUGAAGCAUCCCCUAAUGAAGCAGGAGGCAAUGCAGCGUGAACGCUGCGCUGUCGACUCCGAGUUCCAGCAGAUCGUGCUCGAGGAUGAGACACGUCGCGACCAGCUGCUGGCCAGCCUGGCCACCGAUGGCUAUCCCCAUGCCACAUUUGCCUGGGGCAACAUGAAGACCCUCAAAGAGAAUGUCGAUGACGAUGUGCUGCACAAGGUGCUGCACGAAAUACGACGCGAUCAUUACGCGGCCAAUCGCAUGUAUUUGUGCCUGCAGGCACGCCUCCCCAUCGAGGAGCUGGAGACGUUGGUGGUGCGUCAUUUCGCCGAUAUACCCAGCAACACGGUGCGUGCUCCGGAUCUCAGUCAAUUCAAUUACCGCGAGGCCUUUCGUCCCGAGUUCCACCAGCAUGCGUUCUUCGUGCGGCCCGUGGAGAACGUGUGCAAGGUGGAGCUGACCUGGGUGCUGCCCAGUGUGCGUCAGUACUAUCGCAGCAAGCCGGAUCAGUUCCUCUCCUUCAUAUUUGGCUACGAGGGACGCGGCAGCCUCUGCGCCUAUCUGCGUCGCAAGCUGUGGGCCUUGGAGCUGGUCGCUGGGAUCGAUGACAACGGCUUCGAUUUGAAUUCAAUGUACAGUCUGUUCAAUGUCUGCAUCUAUCUGACGGACGAGGGUUUCAAGCACAUCGAUGAGGUGCUCGCCGCCACCUUUGCCUACGUCAAGGUUGUGGCCGAUGCCAAUCCAAAGGAUUUGCGUGUCAUCUACGACGAACAGCAGGGCAUCGAGGCAACAGGUUUUCGCUUUCAAUCCCAGCGACCGGCCAUGGAUAAUGUACAGGAUCUGGUGAUCAAUAGCAAAUACUUUCCGCCCAAGGAUGUGCUGACCGGCAAGGAGCUCUACUACGAGUACAAUGAGGCGCAUCUCGCCGAGUUAAUCAACCACCUUAAUGAGUUCAAAUUCAAUCUGAUGUUCACCGCUCGCAAGUACGAGGAUCUGGUGUAUGACAAGCAGGAGAAAUGGUUUGGCACCGAAUACACAAGCAUUCCCAUGCCUGAAAAGUGGCAACAGUUGUGGAACGACGCCACUUCCAAGUCGUUGCCGGAUUUGUUUUUGCCCGAACCGAAUCGCUUUGUCGUCGAGGACUUUACGCUCUUCUGGCAUAAGAACGGCAAACCCGAGGUCCCCGAAGCCCCCAAAAAGCUGCUGCAGAACGAGAUAUGUGAGCUGUGGUUCCGUGCCGAUGAUAAAUACGAUCUGCCCGAGGCGUUUAUGACAUUCUUCUUCAUCUCACCGCUGCAGCGCAAGAAUGCCAAAAAUGAUGCCAUGUGUGGUUUAUACGAGGAGCUAGUCAAAUUCCAUGUGAGCGAGGAACUUUAUCCGGCCACCAGCGCAGGCUUCAGCUACACGUUCAACGUGAGCGAGAAGGGACUGACUCUUCAGGUGCGCGGCUACAACGAGAAACUGCAUUUGCUGGUCGAAUCGAUUGCUCAGGCCAUGGUCACGGUGAGCUCCACGCUCAAUGAGGACAUGCUCGAGACAUUUGUCAAGGAUCAGCGCAAGAGUUAUUUCAACACUCUGAUCAAGCCACGCCAACUUAACAGGGACGUUCGCCUGUGCGUGCUGGAGCACAUACGCUGGCUGAUGAUCGACAAGUACAAGAGCCUCAACGACAUCACACUGAAGGAUCUGAAGGAGUUUGCCACACUGUUUCCGCAGCAAUUGUACGUGCAGGGUUUGGUGCAGGGCAACUACACCGAGGAGUCGGCUCACAAUGUGAUGAACACGCUGCUCACACUCCUCGGCUGCAAGGCGAUCCAGGAGCGCAAAUACAUCGAGGAUCGGACGGUGCAGCUGCCGCAAGGAGCGCACUAUAUACGCUGUCAUGCGCUCAACGAGCAGGACACAAACACUGUGAUCACGAACUUCUAUCAACUGGGACCGAACACGGUCCGACUCGAGUGCAUACUCGAUCUGCUGAUGAUGUUCGUGGAGGAGCCGCUGUUCAAUCAGUUGCGCACCAAGGAGCAGCUCGGCUAUCAUGUGACAGCCACGGUGCGAAUGAAUUACGGCAUCGCGGGAUACUCGAUAAUGGUGAAUUCGCAGGAGACGAAAAAUGCUGCAAGUCAUGUGGAGAGUCGCAUCGAGGUGUUCCGCAACAAUAUGAUGCAGAUCCUUGAGAAUAUGUCACAGGAGGAUUACGAUCACACACGCGACUCGCUGAUCAAGCUCAAGCUGGUCGCUGACAUGGCGCUUAAUACCGAAGUCACACGCAAUUGGAACGAGAUCAUCAAUGGGGAAUACAUGUUCGACCGGCGGCGUCAACAGAUCGAAGUGCUGAACACGCUGACCAAGAGUGAAAUUAUUGCCUUUCUGCUGGACAACGAGAUCACAAACAUGCGCAAGAUCUCCGUUCAGGUGAUUGGCCACAAGACCAAGGACAGCGAAGUUGUUGAUGGGGACGUCAAGUCCGAUUCGGUUGCUAAGGAGCAGGAAGAGGACGACGACGAUGACGAUGAGGAAGAGGAGGAGGAGGAUGACGAGGAGGAACUAUUCCAAAUGCUGGCCAACAAGCUGAAUGUCACGUUUCUGCCCAUCGAAGGCGAUGCCACCACAAUUGUGGACAUUGCCGACUUCAAGGCCAAUCUCGAUCUGUAUCCCCUAAAUCCGGCGACUGUCGCCGCGUCCGACGAAGCCGCCAAGCGUCCAAAGAUCAUUGAGGAUGCGCUGAAGAGCACGUGAGGAGCUUCUCUCCUUCCUUAACGACGAAUCCAAAUUAUUUAACCACCACACAAAAUUCAACAUUAAUCAUAGAUCAAGUCGUUGCACCGAGUGUUUAAAUUCUUAGUGCAAAUACUUCACACACACCAAAAAAAAAAAAAUAAAAAUAAA